AUGCUCUGGUCUCCAUUCUAUUCUUCUUCUUCGUCCUCGUCCUCGUCCUCGUCCCAUUUGUGUUUCUUGGAUGUGCUGUUAAUUUUAGUAGUGGUGACUCUUUCUUGCUCUGUAUAUACCUGUCAUGGCUCAUGUAAUCAACUCGAUCGAGAUUCUUUAUCAUCAUUCAACCUGAGUACUAGUACUCCAUCUCCUCUGAAUUGGUCACUUUCGGUUGAUUGCUGCAGCUGGGAAGGAGUUGCAUGUGAUGAGAGUGACAGGGUGAACAGUCUAUUGCUACCGUCGAAAGGGCUAGUUGGAACCAUAUCUCCCUCUAUUGUAAACCUCAGUCAUCUCUCUCAACUCAAUCUGUCGCGGAAUUGGCUCUCUGGACCUAUCCCGGAUGGAUUUUUUACGGCCUUGAACCACCUUGUAAUCAUUGAUUUGAGCCAUAAUCGUCUCACCGGGCAGUUAUCAGAUUCUGAUAAGCUAAUGAGUACUGCAACAACAGUGGAUUUAUCCAGCAACCGCUUUUAUGGGACAACCCAAUCUUCAUUUUUCCAGCCAGCAUUAAAUUUGCAAAGAUUUAAUGUCAGCAACAACAGCUUCUCUGGUUCAAUCCCUUCAUCUGUCUGCAGAUUUUCGCCCUUAAUCGAGCAUCUUGAUUUCUCCAAUAAUGACUUUGUAGGCUCGAUUUCACAAGGUUUUGGCCUGUGUUCCAAUCUGUUGAGACUACGAGCAGGUUUCAAUAAUCUUUCGGGAGCAAUUCCAAGUGAUAUUUACACAGUUUCAGCGCUGCAAGAACUUUACGCGCCUGCCAAUAAGCUCUCUGGAGUGAUAGAUGAGAGCACUAUUAACCUCAUUAACCUUAGGACCCUUGCUCUCUUUGGUAAUGAAUUGACAGGAAAGAUUCCUCGAGAUAUUGGGAUGCUCUCCAACUUGGAAAAGUUGUUGCUUCACAAUAAUAAACUAAAGGGCACUCUGCCUCGAUCUCUUACGAACUGUACGAGACUUACAACGCUGAGUUUAAGGGUCAACCUCCUUGAAGGUGAACUCUCUGCUUUUGAUUUCUCAAAAUUCAUUCAGCUUAGGUCAAUUGACCUGGGAAAUAAUUUCUUCACUGGUAGAUUGCCAGCAAGCCUUUCUUUAUGCAAGAAUUUGGCUGCAAUUCGCUUGGCCACUAAUAGUUUAAAUGGAGAGGUUUUGCCUGGCAUAACGGCUUUACAAUCUCUAUCCUUCUUAUCCCUUUCUAAUAAUAGCCUAAAUAAUAUCACCAGUGCAAUGCGCAUCCUAACAGGGUGCAAAAACCUCAGCAUUUUAAUGCUGUCAAAAAACUUUUACAAUGAACCACUGCCAGGAGAUGAAAACUUGAUAAGAGCUGGCGAGUUCCAAAAUCUUCAAGUCCUGGGUUUAGGUGGCUGUGGAUUCACGGGUCAAAUUCCAAUGUGGCUGUCUAGACUAGAUAAGCUUGAGCUACAGAAUAUAUACCUCUGCCACUUCUCCGCCGUGCUGGGAAGAGUUUUCACCUCCACCAAUGCUCCGUCUGGAAGACCAGUUGGGAAAUCGGAGGUAGACCGGCGUCGGAAAGCUCCUUAUGGAGGCCGUGGGAGAUGUGGAUUUGGGGUAAAAGAAAUUGAAAAUCAGAGGAACUCGGGAAAGGGGGGAGAGAGAAAGGGGGGAAGAUAA